AUGUCGCAAGCGAUGCAUGGAAACAGUGAGACGAGCCACAUGGGCGAUCAAAAGGAAUAUGAUCGAGGAAAAAAGGAAAUGGACUUGAGAGGAAACAAGAUGAAGAAUAAGCGUUUAAACACGAGAAAAGGAGAAAAUUGCGCAAGCCUCAUCAACGAUUCAGAGAGCGGAAAGAAGCAGCUGAAGCAUAAGCAUGACAUCAGCUUUGGUGUUGUCCACGACUCAUCAGAAAUCUUUAAAUAG